AUGAAGUUUGGGAAUGAUGCAAGAAUUCGAGUGAGUGAGAAUGUUUCUGCUGUUCUUCAAAGAAAAUUGCCCCAAAAGAAUGUUUCUGUUGUUCUUCAAAGAAAAUUGCCCCAAAAGUGUCGAGAUCCCGGUAUGUUCACCAUUCCAUGCAUUAUAGGUAAUAAGACUGUUGAGAGAGCCAUGUUAGAUUUAGGAGCAUCCAUAAAUGUCAUGCCUUAUUCUGUGUAUAAGGAUUUGCAGUUAGGACCAUUGAAAGACACUCGUGUUAUCAUUCAGCUAGCUGAUAGGUCUACUGCAUAUCCCGAAGGUGUUGUUGAGGAUGUCCUUGUCAAGGUCAAUGAUUUGAUUUUUCCUGUGGAUUUUUAUAUUGUUGAUAUGGAUGAUUCUGCCUCUGCUAAGCAAUCUUUGAUUCUUUUAGGGAGACCAUUCAUGAAAACUGCUAAGGCAAAAAUUGAUGUGGAUAGUGGAAUGCUUAGCCUUGAAUUUGAUGGAGAUGUUGUCACAUUUAAUAUUUUUGAGGCUAUGAAGCAUGUUGAGGAUCCUGAAUCUGUGUUCAUGAUUGAUGUUAUUGACCCUUUGGUUGAGGAAUUUGUUGAGAAUUUCAGGGAGGAUGAGCUUGAGCAGGUUAUUUUCAGUUCCCUAACUGAAGAGAACACCAAAACUGAGGAGAAUGAAGCCAUUAGAGUGAUUAUCAUGCAGUUGUACUCAACGAAAGAAAUUCCAGUUCGGCACCUGUCGAGCAGGAUGCCCAUACCGACCAGCACAGAACCGAUUUUGCCCUCUGUUGUGAAGCCAUCGAAGCUGGACUUGAAGGUACUGCCCCAACAUCUGAAAUAUGUGUUUUUGGGAGAGAAUGACACGCUGCCAGUGAUCAUCAGCAAUGAACUCAGUGCAGAACAAGAGGGCUGGAAGAUUUCUGAUAUGAUGUUUGCAACAAGGGGUGGCUUAAAUGAUGCAUGUUCUUCUAUAGCUAAACAGCUUGAUAAUGUUUACUCCUCCAUUUCGGACUGCAUGUUGCAAGUGUCUGUACUGCGAGGUGAUAUGACAUCGAUUAGUUUAGAAAUCGAGGAUGUUACUCGUACAAUUCAGAUGAUGGAUUAA